UAUAUUUUGUUUCAGGUGCAUUUGGAAAAGCUAAAGAAACAGAACAAGUACCGUAUGGUAUCCAUCCCAUGUUUAAAGCCAGUGCCAAAAUUCAAGAACCUGCACCAGUAGCUAUUACACCAUUGAAUGACAGAGUAGUGAAUGCAGAAUCAAUGGUUCUGUCAUUUGUGGCAGAGAACUCACUGUCCUUUUCACUUGUUCCUGGACUGAUAGACCUAUCAAAAACUUUGGCCAGGGAUAAAAAGGCAUUAGACUCAUUGAAUAUGAGCAGGACAACUGCUUCUUACAAAACUAGGUUUGGUGUAGGAAAAACAUUUCAAGAUAUUGUGAUAGAGGAAAUGAGGUCAAAUCAGUUUUCACUAAACAUGGAUGAAUCAACAAGUUCAAAUUUUCAGAAGGUGCUGACAAUUCUUGUUAGCUAUUUCUGUUCAGUGAAAAAUGAAGUUGUCAUUCAUCACUUUAAAUCAGUGACGUGUAUUAAAGUUAAUAGUGAAUCACUGUUUAUGAAAUUGGUAACACUCAUGGAAGAAAACAGUAUACCAUGGACAAAUCUUAUGUCUGUUUUGAUGGACUCCUGCAAUGUGAUGCGUGGGUCCAAAUCAGGACUUGAAACCAGAAUAAGGACGGAAAAGGCACCUCAUUUGUUAGAUGUUGAUGGGGAUGUGUGUCAUCAUGUGCACAAUGCAGCAAAGGCAUUCUGUAAACCAUUCAAGUCCUUCAUUGAACUUCUUUAUUAUGACUUGUUCAGCGACUUCAAAUGGUCACCAGAUCUUAGAGAGAUGUUCCAAGAGAUAUGCAUAAUGCUGAACAUUAAGUAUACAAUGCCACAGAGAUAUGUUAGUCAUAGAUGGCUAUCUGUAUAUGAUGUAACCUUAGACACUUUAAGGCUCUUUGAUGCACUUACAGUGUUCUAUUUCCCCCUGCUGACAGAAUCAGAAAGAGUCAAGUUUCUACCAACAAUUGUAGAAGUGUACCACAGGCUAGGAGUAUCACAGUCUUCUAGAGAAAGAAUAUCAGAAAUUAGAAAGUUCAGCAUGAUCCUUCCCUAACUUCUGAUUCAUAGUCUUUUGGACCUUACCCAGAAACAGCUAACAAAAGAGGGCCGAGACAGGAAAGACAGAAUCAUUAAUAAGAUUUUUACAGAGAGAACAUUAUCAAAGAUGGUUAUGGGACUUUACUCUUCAGUAUUUCCUCUGUUGAAGAACUUUGUCUUACUGUUUGAGAUGAAGGAGCCUCUCAUCCACCAACUCCAUGAAGA